AUUCUGGGCCACUAUACAUGAUUGUUUGUGAUCUUCUUGAGGAUAAAGAGGAAGAAGACAUUCCUAUUAUUGUUGAGAAUAUAUUGAAUAAAGUCAAAGAGGAAUUUGAAGGUAGAUUGGCUGUACAUCCAAUUGCAGACGAGCCUCCUAGCACUAGUACAGAAGCUAUAAAGAAGAACAAAGAUCAAAAGGAAGAAUCAAUGCCAAAGAUUACGAAAGAGGAUUACGUUAAGGAGCAAGAACAAAAAAAUAGAGAAAAAGAAUUACUGGCACUACAAGAAAAGGCUAAAAAGCAGGAGGAAGCUGAUAAAGCUGCAAAGGAGCAAGAGCGCAUCAAAGAGCAAGAACGCAUCAAGGAGCAGGAGCGGAUCAAGGAACAAGAGAGCAUCAAGGAGCAAGAACGCAUCAAGGAACAGGAACGUAUCAAUAAAGAGAAGGAGGAAGCUGAGAAAGCGGCAAAGGAGCAAGAACGCAUCAAUAGAGAGAACCAAUUAUUAGCAGAAAAAGAAAGGGCUAGAAAGCAAGAAGAGGAAAGAGCUGCAAGGGAGCAAGAACGCAUCAAGAGACAACAAGAACUGAUAGCACAAAAAGAAAAGGCUAAAAAGGAAGCUGCAGAAAGACGUGCAAAGGAAAAAGAACGUAUCAAAAAAGAGAAAGAAUUAAAAGCCCAAAAAGAAAAAGAGAGAAAGGAGCAAGAACGAAUAAAAAGACAGAAAGAACUUCUUGCACUAAAAGAAAAGGCUAAACAGGAGGAACUUUCGGCAUUUGAGCUAGAACGGAUUAAUAGGGAGAGAGAAUUUCUAGAAGAAGAAGAAAGGAUUAGAAAGGAGGAGGAGGAGCAAGAGCGGAUUGAAAAAGAGAACGAAGAAAAGAGAGAAAAAGAAAGGGCUAGAAAGAAGGAGGAAUUUAAAAGAAAAAUGGAUGAAUAUAACAAACUAAAUGUAAACCCUACAAAGCGGAAGGAGCUAACUGAGCAACAGGAUAAAGAAUUACAGGAGCUGCAAGGCACCCUUUCUACUGCAAAAACAGACGUGCGGUCGAUGCAAAAGAAUUGCCAAGACGAUGCUGAAAAUCUAGGAAAGCAUGUGGGAACUUUAUGCCAAGCUGCAGCCGGGUACAAGAAGGUUCUAGAAGAAAAUAGAAAGCUAUAUAAUCAAGUGCAGGACUUAAAAGGAAGUAUCAGGGUCUAUUGUAGAGUGAGACCCUUUUUGCCUGGAGAAGAGAAUCAUGUAACAAGCGUGGAUUACAUGGACGAAGAGACUGUAGCAAUUAUUGUUCCUUCAAAAUCCGGAAGAGAGGGUCGAAAAGCAUCUAUGUUUAAUAGAGUUUUUGGUCCGACUUCGACUCAAGAAGAGGUUUUUUCGGACACCCAACCAUUGAUACGUUCAGUUCUUGAUGGAUUCAAUGUAUGCAUAUUUGCAUGUGGUCAAACGGGUUCUGGAAAAACUUACACAUUGAAUGGGCCAGAUGACCUAACACAAGAAACAAUGGGUGUAGGAUACAGGGCAUUAAAUGAUCUGUUCCUCAUCUCAGAAGAGCGAAAGAACCUCAUGAACUAUGAGAUUUCUAUCACUAUGGUUGAAAUUUACAAUGAUGAAAUCAGGGAUCUCCUCGUGGAAGAUGAAAGUACAAAGAUAUUAGAGGUCAGUAGCAGCUCAAAGAAGGGGAUAAAUAUACCCGAUGCACAUCUUGUACCAGUUUCAUCAACAGAUGAUGUUAUAAAGCUAAUGAACCUUUGUAAAAAGAAUCGUUCAGUGAAUGAUCAUAGUAGUCGAUCACACAGUUUCCUUACGGUGUAUGUUUUCGGGAAAGAUGUGACAUCCGGGACAAAAGUGAAAGGCUGCAUGCAUCUAGUUGACCUUGCCGGGAAUGAAAAGCUAGAUGAUUCUAAUGAUGAAGUAACGUACAUAAAAAAAUCACUUUCUGACCUAGGAGAUGUCUUGGUAGCUCUCACCAAUAAAAGUUCUCGUGUUCCUUACAAGGCUUGUAAACUCACACAGUUGCUUCAAGAUGCUCUAGGAGCGCAAGCAAAGAUACUCAUGUUUGUUCAAGUACAUCCAGAUAUCGAUAAAGCGGGAGACACACUUGGCACAUUCAAAUUUGUUGAAAGGUUUUCAAUGCUUGAUGGUGGAUGUGGAAAGUCUCCAGAAGCAAGGGAUCUGAAAGAGCAGAUUUGUUACUUGAAGGCUGCCUUAGCUAAAAAAGAAUCCGGAGACCCUCAAUGGCAACAGUUAGCAAUGAGUUCACCAAGAAGUGGAAAAGAAUCUGGUUUCGGGGAUUUGGUUGGAAAGCAUACUGGUGGUUUAGAAGACGAUCCAGACGAAAGUGGGUCAACAAAAUCCAAGAGUACAAGUUCAAAGCAACCAAGCAAGAAUCCGAUAAAAAAGAUUGCAGCCGGUGCGUUAGCAGCUACCAAGUUUGGGAAGCCAUCAACUAGUCUUGAUAAGAAAAAGAAGGUCGGCAAGUAAGGUGCUGUUAAUUUUUGCAGAUGUAAAAUGUAUGUGUCUCAUCUCAUGGCUUUGUGAUUUGGUGAUCACGACUUAUGCCUGUGUCAAAAUUAGUGGAUGUUGGCGAAGGUUAUAUAGGUUUUUAGAUGAAGAAAUGUCUAUUUUUUUUGUUGUAUAAAUGUUGUAAUUAUAGAAAA